AUGGUUCACAGAAGGCAAUCAACCGCGCUACACUUCGAGCCCUUCCACUACAGCAUUGCAACCGCCUCCCACAAGAUUUUGUCCAGCAUUUCGAGUGAGAAGCCAUGGGCCACGAGAAGGAUUGUGAUGCGCUUCGAACUCAGCCUUCGCACGGAGCAAACAGGUAGUGUAACGGCUCACGUGUACCUCUACGAGCAGAGGGAGCCUGCUGCAAGACCUCGUGCUGGUGCCACCUUCGGUGGAAUCGACGUUAACAGAGACCCAGUAGAGGCCAACAUCCUGUUCAUCAGCCCCCCAUGGAAGAAGGCUGCGAAGGCUUCCAGGUUCUUCCGACGCAAGCUUGGCGAUCUGCUGCUGCCGAGCCUGGGCAUGUUAGCAGAGGGCGGAGGCAUUGAUUGUCUGUGGACCACUCUGGACCCGAGCCACACGUGGCCUCUGCUUUUGAUCACCAGGGGUUGUCUGUGGCCUUUGCGGAUCACCAUUGCACAACCGAAGGAAGAAAAGGAAAGGACCGUUCCUGACAACAUUCUGCAGAAAGGUCAUCGGAGGUACAUGUUAGUUCAGAAGCAUGGCCUCUGCGUCUUCGCAACAACAAAGAACAGGGAACUGCGAGGACUUUGCUCCGCGUUCGAUGUUUCCUGCAAGAAACUCCCACCCCUGGAUGGCAGCGAGGCGCUCUACCAGGAUGGGAAAAGCAGCUUGGCGAUUCGCAUACUUUGCGGAGAGGCCGUGAGUAAUCCAGAGCACAAUGCCUACGACCGAGGAAUGAUGAGGCUGACAGGGCGCCGUCAGUUCGGCUCAGAAACGGGUGCUGCAGUGGUUGCAGAUCGAUCCUUGCAGGCCGAGGCACGCGACGCUGCGAUUCUGCUUUCGGGCAUCCAGGAUGCGCCGUCACGUUCGAUGCUUGCUCCGGCCAUGAUGUGCGUGUGCGGACCAGGUUUUGAGCUCGGCCGUCACAAGUCCAAGGCGUUUUCCGACGGAGCUCCAGUGCCAACUGCAACAGCUCUAUGGACCAAAGAGCCACAGACGGCAUGGGUGGACCUUCGUCUUGCACAAGGGCCACUCAGGCCACAGCUCGGCGACUUAAAGGCCUACUUGGAGCUCGCGGGCCUUCUUCCUGCAUCUUUCACUCCGUCCGGCGCAACAGCCGCCCUAGUCACUGCCUUACUGGCCUGUUGCAACAUACUAGCCGUGGAGAAACGUCCCGGCUACGAGCAUGCCCGGGAGGAGGAUGCCCCUUCCGACGUCUACCGCUUCUUACACCGUCUGCCAGUCGCCGUCCCCGUUUGGCCGAAUCCAGCGCAAGUGUUCCGAUGCAGAGGGCAACAGCUGCUGUUCCCUUUCCGCGCUCUCUUUGCACAGCUCUCGCCCGACUUCGGACAGGCUUUCAUUCUUGGCAUGCUGGGGAGCAUGGCGCAGGAUGUUCAAGCAUCGAGGUCCGUGCCCAGCCUGGAACUCUUUCAACUGUCAGAAGUCCAAGGCCACGUCUUCCGUCGAUGCAAUGGAUCUCAAGCUUUCCGGAACGGAGAGCAAGAGUUCUUUCUUUUCCUGGUGCAGCUUAUGCCCAACUCCACCACAGCCAGCGCUUUCCGCAUUCUCCAGCUGCGCAGCUGGAUGCCCUAUGCAUUGUGUUCCCCGCUGGCCUUGGAGCCUGCUGGAGCGGGCUUUGAGCAGCAUGCAGCUCCUCACUUUCACGCUUUGCAUUCACCCGACAAUGCUUUGGCCUUUAGCAAGCAGGGAUGCACGGAAAGCACAGCCGUCACAUCCGUCACGAUGAGCAUUCCGUGCUCUCCGGAACGCCUUGCUCUGAGUCCCGAUACCAUCGAUACGCCCUUCUGCAUGGUGGGUGGCGUACUGUGCUUCUGGAAGCACCGCCGCAAGUUAAAGAGCCUGGUGCAGCUUCGCUCUUGCACUGCACUAGCCGCUAGCCAUGGAGAAGCGUCCUGGCCCGGGAAGCGCACGCCCUCGUUAGCGAAGGCUGGUCGGUACUCCUGUGUGCCCCACCGAGACGACAAACUGAAACUCCAGGCUGACCGAGACGAGAAACUGAAACUCGAGGUCGCUGCUCACGGUGCUGCUCACAGCUACUUGGGGCUCACGGGCCUUGCGUGUUCCUCGGCCUACCCAGGUGCUGUAAGCUUAUUGGGCACCUCCCCAGUUGCGGUGUCACUGGCCCGCACUGGCAUUUCGGCUCGCAGACCUCAGGACAGACAGCACCUGCAGCCCACGCCCGAUUCCGCAACCACUUUCGCCCUGGGCGUUCAUCAUAACUGGACAUUGCUCAAUGACAUCGUUUGCAGCAACAAUGUCCGGCCAGCCCGGGAAGGGCAUGCCCUCGUUGCCGAAGGCUGGUCGAUACGCCUGAGCAAACUGAAUCUCCAGGUUGCCAAGUGUCUUGCAGCCACGAGCAUGGCGCACGGCCAGCAGUACCAGAGCUUACCUAUGGUGAACUCUUCUAAGUUGGGGCUUCCAGGCCCUGUUUCCUCCGAAUCCGUGGUUUUCAAGUUAUCCAAAACACUGAUCGACAGCUGUCGCUUGCCGACGUUCGACUCCACAACCGCUAUCGAUGUUCAAGCAUCGAGGUCCGUGCCCAGCCUGGAACUCUUUCAACUGUCAGAAGUCCAAGGCCACGUCUUCCGUCGAUGCAGUGGAUCUCAAGCUUUCCGGAACGGAGAGCAAGAGUUCUUUCUUUUCCUGGUGCAGCUUAUGCCCAACUCCACCACAGCCAUCGCUUUCCGCAUUUACCAGCUGCGCAGCUGGAUGCCCUAUGCAUUGUGUUCCCCGCUGGCCUUGGAGCCUGCUGGAGCGGGCUCAGGCCUUGUUUUUAGAGGGCCACCUGUGCUCGAGCAGCUCACGCCCGAUUCUGCAGCCACUUUCGACCUUGGUGCUUGUCAGAGCAUGUUCAGGGACCCCUUCCCGGUCUUACUGAGCACAGAGGGCACAGAAGGGGGCGCGUUGGUUCGCGCACUUCAUGCCUGCAUGGGCAUGGCCCAAGACGUGCAAAGCGUUCUUCAUCCAGGAUUCGUCCACGCCAACUCUAUAAGAUGCAUUUUCCACUUGCGCAGCUGGAGAAUUGGGAAAGCUGCAGCGGUCGAGCGGGGAGACAUGCUGAUCCUCGCCCGCGUCUUGCAGGGGGCAUGGUGCACCAUGAGCCUGUUUUUGGUCUGGUCCACAACACGCCACUGGGCCUUACUUUGCUCCUCCAAGGCAGAGCUGAUGUCGGCCGAAAUCCUGUCCGCAGGCGCCUCGGCCUUUCAAACGGCACUGCUUAGAGCAACUCGAUUCGACAUCCACGUGUGCCUUAAGGCUGAUCUGCACAAUCUCCACCUGAUGCUCCUUAUGACCAAGUCCUGCCGCACCGCCAAAGGCAAGGCAAUCGAGGCCCGACUCCAUACCUGCGAUCGCACUCUGAAUUCUGCAGCUGUGCAGCUGAAUCUUCCCUGCGUGCUGUAUUCCCUGGCGUUAAGGAGAGAGCAAGAGCUGCCACCGUCACCUUUUCUCGUGGAGCUUAUGCCCACCACAACCGCCAUCGCUCUCUGCAGCUGGAGUGGAUGCCGAGCCUUUGCGCAAAGAUUGUUGCAGGGAGGCGGGGCUCCUUUGCACAAGUGCCUUGCAGCCACGACUACGGCGCAGGAUGUGCAGACAACACAGCUCUGGCCGAGUCUGAGAUUCCUCGGUCAGAAGUCCCAGCCCACGUCCUUCAACUCAGCGGAUCUCACGUGCCCCAACACAAAGAGCAAACAGGGAUGUUCAGUCGAACUUCUUGCUACCUGGCAUCACCGCUCUGUUUCUACGAUGGCGAUGAGGCACUGUGAACCCCUCGCCUUGUCUGGCUUUCACGCCGACCCGAAGAUCGUGUGGGCAUUGCAAUCCCUCAAACAGCAACAGCAGCAACAGCGGCUGCCAUCUCUCCCUGCUCAAUUCAUGCCAGGCUGUGCAACCAUCGCUGAGUUCUCCGCUUGUGCAGGGGCAUGCCAGGCAUGCCCUGUGUGCCUCUUGGCCGCCCUACUACCUACUGGACCCACGCGCGUGGAGCCGGCCGCCUUCAUGGCCGAAAUCUGCCAGAGACUGGGAGCAGCCAAGGCCAGCCUCGCGGCACCCACAGCCUACACUGAUGUCAAAGCUGGGCACCUUGGCACUGCUGACGCAUGCCGGGCCCAGGGAGUGCGGUUUGUGCCGCUCGUCGCUGAGACGAUUGGCGCAUGGGAGCCGACGGCCGCCAGGGCCGUCCUGCAAGUGGCGCAGACCGUUGCUUUUCGUGAAGGUGGGGAAGUGGCAACCGUGCAUGGCCAGCUACUGCAGCAUCUCUGCGUCCUCGCCCGAGGACACAGGGCCCGCGCGGCCCUCCGCAGGCGCGUUGAGUUGGCGUCUGCAGCGGCCGAAGCCGGCGUGUGA